ACGCUAACCUUCUAAUGAUCUCUUCGCAGUUCAGGUUUUUUAAAUUAAGGAUAACCACCCGAUCCAAUCUGUGAGCCAGCAUCUAUUUUAUGUUUAUGGCCGAUGAGGCCCAUUCGCUGUUAAGAAAUCGGCUUUAAAUCUACCCUUCCUCUAUUAUUAAAUCUUUAGAAAUCCUGACACUAUCCUCGGGUCCAAGUUCCCGCACUAAAUAGAAUAUGGUCUAGAAGAUCGCCAGUUUAGCGUCACAGGGGUUCGGACGCCAUAACUAGGCGCGGGAGAAUUAUCUGACGACCUUAUUCAGCAUAUCAUCUUAUUAAUCAAACUCAUCUACCUUUGUCGACGAUACCAUCGUGGGGCCAAAUGAGUCCACAGGAUCAUCAAACUAAUUCUACACCCUAGGAAGAAUUACAUGACCCCUAUGCAAUCAACAUUACCGGGCCCUCCCCUCGAGGAGCGGGCUUGUCGUAAUGGAGACCGAGUUCGUAUCAUAACGUUCUAUAAGAAUCUUGGUCUUCUUAGGUAGAAAACAUGUAUUCCUAUCAAAGAGCAUCACACCAGAGUUGCGGACGAGGACUUCUAGACUCCGAACCCUAAUCUUAUGCACGUCAUGCAUUUCACAAGAUUCGCGCUGCCGGUCUUAGCCACCCUGGCCCAGGCGACAGCAGACCUCACGAAAUGGGACGACUGGGAGCACGGCCGAGUCGCUCUUCAGGACGUUAGCAUUCACUUCCGGUACGCGGGCUCCGGUCCUCCACUGCUCCUCAUCCACGGGAACCCGCAGUUCAGCCUGACGUGGCAAUUCAUCGGGCCCGUCCUCGCGCAGAACUACACCGUCAUCGCGCCCGACAACCGCGGCGCCGGCGACUCCAGCAUCCCGCCCGACGGCAACUACAGCGCCGCCGCCAUGGCCGCCGACCUCAAGGCAGUCCUGGACUUCCUGAACGUCAGUUCUGCGUACGUGUUCUCGCACGACAAGGGCGUGGGCCCCGCCUUCGCGCUCGCGGCCCAGAACCCGGGGCUGGUGAGGCGCCUCGGCGUCGCCGAGUACGUGCUCCCGGGCUUCGGGUACGAGACCGCGGCCACGCCCGCGCCGUACUGGGACCUGUACCAGAACCCGCAGCUGGCCUUCUUCCAGAUCCCGGACUUCGCGGAGUUCCUGAUGAGCGGCAAGGAGAGGCGGUUUCUGGAGUGGUAUUUUUACCACGGCAGUUACGCGGGCCCGACGGCGUUCUCGGAGGAUACGGUGAGCAGGUACGCGAGCAGUAUCGGGAAACCGGGGUUCUUGAGGGCUAUGCUGGGCCCGUUCUCCGCGGCGGCGGUGGCGGAUGAUCAUGCGUUUUUUAAUGCGACGUUGGGCGUGAGUCCCCUGAGCGUACCGACGUUGGCGCUUGGUGGGGAGGCGAGUUAUGGGGUGUUGAGUGUGCUGCGGGAGUCUUUCGGGCCUGUUGCUAGUGAUCUGGAGAUUGAUAUUGUUCCGAAGGCUGGUCAUUGGAUUGCCGAUGAGAAUCCGGUCUGGGUUGCGAACCGCGUUGGGCGAUUCUUGGCUAAUGAUUCGUCUCCUAUAGACGCUGUCGACUUGUCCUAUCUCAAGGACGCGGUGACGUUGAAAGUGGGCUAUUUCGGAACGCUGAGAAAUGCUGCUCUGGGGGGAUUUACGGUAUCGUGAUUGCAACAGAUCGUCACUAAAUAAGGAGACUCGCGUUUAAAGCAUGGU